GUUGGCUCGGAAUAUGUGAAGAAGUUGCACUACAUUGGGCAGAAGAUGAAGAAUGUUGCCACUACGAAAAUUUGGUUAAAAGUGCGCGAUUUGCUACAUGAAGUCGGGAGCAAGUGUGGUGUAGAGCCAUCAGUUAUCGACAACAUUGAUUUGGACAACGUCAUUGAACAAGCAAUCGCCAAAAAUGAAGGAAAGCCGACACAGCUGCACGUGGACGAUGUAUUUGUAUGGCCGCGUGAAACGGCUGCUGAGCUGUUAUCGCUAGAACCGGAAUCGGCCGGACAACCUAACGAAAUGUAUCCACUUCUAUCCAAAACCAAAAAGCGCUCUCGCUCCAAAACACAGCAGAAUUUGGCAAGCUUAAUUAUGAAGACUACCUUGAAUUAG